UGUGGGAGGGAAACCCAAAAAGAAAAUCCAAAUAUUGAUUUGUUUACAAGAACUUGUGAAACGUACCUACUUAGUAUAGAUUCAUUGAAUAUUUCACGCUAUAGCUACAUUCAACAGCCUUGAUCAACUUGAUUGAGAGAUAAAAUUUAGUUAAUUUUCGUAUUUCGUGUCUACUGAUAAGACUCACAGGAGUGAAAGAGCGCAAGCAGUUUCGAUAGCUCUAAGGCGUUUUAAAGCUUAAUUGGCACAGCUCACGGCGAGUUGUAUUAUCGAUUGCAAGCCCCUUCGUGCUGUGAUAGUUGGCGAGGUGUACUAAAGAUUGAUAAGAAUCUGAGAAGAGCGGGUGAAAUAUGUGUGUCACUGGUUUUAAGGAAUUGGGUCACAGGUGAAUUUCCUUUCAUUUGCUUGUCGAGCACCGGGUAUGGCGCCAAUUCAAGCUUAUUAAAACGAGACUUGUAUAACGAAUUAUUUGGAGACUUAUAAUUUAUAAUGGAUCAUUUUAAAAUCAAAAUGAUUUCCUAUAAAAAAGUUUCAGUCAAAACGAAGUAUAUUUUAAACUGUUUGUUCAAUUCCAUUAAAAAUGUUCAUUUUCAACAUGACAAAUACAGUGAUUGUGUUUUAAAGUGCUACUGAAAGUGCAAUCAUGUAUGAGAUAUAUAUUGGGAAAGAUAAAUUGGAAUGGAUAGCACUAGACUGGAGACAGUCCCACCCGGGCCUGUUAAUUUGGACACAGUAAGGGCACUUCAUCAAACAGUUGUUUCUCUCAGGACAGCGUUAGAAGUUUCCAAGAACGAACUGAAGGAUUUGAAACAAAAAUAUGAACUGCACUCUCAGUGCUUAGAGUAUGCUGAUGUCAUUGAAAAAUUGACUUUAGAAAAUCAUAUAUUGAGACGAAAAAUUAUUGAUACUGGUGAUGAAAAAGAUUUUAAUCCAAAUAUAAAUUUCCAAGUGACAUACAGUCCCAGAACAGAUACUGUUGAUAGGGAUAGUGAAAUACUGAUCCAAACAACUACAGAAAACUUAGAUACUAAAACAAGGAUUGAAUCUGAUAUUUGUUGUUCAGAAAUUCCAAAUACAAAGCUGAGUGAAAAUUCUAAGAGAGUAAGUUAUUGUUCUAUAGAAAGUUCAGAUGAGACCCCAUUGGAGGUAAAAUCUCAAGAUCCAUCUGAAGCAGAUGGUCAAAACACUGAUGUAGACAUAAGUCGGUCAUCAAGUUGUCUUAAUCAAGAGAAUGAGAAGAUCCAUCAGCCAAGCUUCAAGACAAAAUUAGAAUUGCUUUCAAAGUUUGAUGUAAGAAUAAAAGUUAAAACUGUGAAAGACGGAGAAUCAUCCAGUACUACUUCAGACACUGAUUCAACCUUUACAGACGAUAAAAAAAACAAAGAUAAGAAUAGCAAAGGAAAAUUUGAGUUUCAAGAGAAAAAAGAAGACUUUGAAAGAGCAGCUGAUCCCAAAAAAAAUACCAUAAAUAUUAAAUCGGUAUCUUCCGAUAACAUAACAAUGGCAGUCCCCAAUCCUGAAGGUGAUGUGAAGUCCAAGAAAGAUAAGUUAGUCCAAGUCAGAAUUACUUCAGAAGAGAACCUUAUCAUUCAGAAUAUGAAAGAUAAAAUAGAGCAGGCAAGGAGAAAAGACACACUGAAUUUAGAUGUGGAUGAUUUAAGUGUUAGGUCCCUAUCAGAGGGAGACAACUCUGUAUUCUCAGAAGGGGCAACCACACCAAUGGAUCCACAAAUUAGUAAAGAAGACUAUAAACAGGAACAUGAUGCAAGUGGAAAUGAGUCUGAAGAGGUAGAUGAUAUAGAACUCAUAUUUACAACAGACGAAUCUAAGGAUAUGAGUAAUUUGCAGGAGGACCUGGUACCGAUACGUGAGACCGAUCAUUGGACUCCACAUUCCAAUUCCACGACGCACUCAACACCAGUCCUCAUCAAGUUCCACACACUGGAUCCUGACUUUCAACCUGGAACUGAAACUACGGACAACAACGAUAACGAAAACCAAGAAAACUGUAGCUUACAAAGUGAAAUAUCAAUGUCGAGCUUAAAAAUGAAAAGAGUUUCUCUUCCCAGUGACAAGGAAAUCAGACAUGUCGCCUUUAACAGCAAAGGCAGUCUUGACAUACCUGGCCGGAGUAUUUUGAAGAGUUGUGACAAUAAAUCUGAUAAUACCCUGUACAAGAAAAGCCCGAAUACAAGUUCUAAAAAACUGGACAGUAUAGACAGUCUCACUUGUGAAUACAAUAGAGGCCUGAGCUUUGACAACACAAAGAGUUCCAGUUUCGAGCUUGGCUCUAGUAUGGAUAUCCUCCACCGAGAUGAGAGUGUGGACAGUUUCUACAAGACCGCUCACCUAGGACAUAGGUUUUCGGUGUUUGCCGAAACCGAUAUAUCGAAAUGCGGUAUUUCAGAAGACGAUUUGGCCGUUAAUUUGAAUGCUAGAAGGAACACAUGUCCCAACCCAUUUCAAUACAGGGUGCCGACACACCGCGGAUACAGUCGAGGCGUGACGUCAGGUCCGGUGCGCGCGCGGCCCGUACUGCGUGACGUCACGGCGCCGCGUCGCGAUUCCGCCGCGCAGACCGACGUGUCCGCCCUGCCGCCGCGCUGGAGCUCGGACGGAUACCUCGCUCAUAAGAUGUACACGACUUCCGCGGCGGCAGCACCUACACUGCCUCAACGCGGCCUCACGCCGACCUCACGCCGUGGGGCUGCGGAGUCUCGUGUCCCGGCAGUAUCGCGACGGUGCUCCGAGGCCAGACGCGUGCUGCUCAGUGACAUCGGUUUUACAUCGAUGGUCCCCGAGUUGUCGCGGUCCGCGGACCCGGUGUGGGCUCUUACGAAGAAGAUGUCUAGUAUUGAAGAGACUGUAACCAAUUCCACGUCUAAAUUCCUGUCGCGCGGCUCAUCGUACAGGUCGCCGGCUCCCAGCCUGGACCGGAGCCGCGACUGGACGCCGCCGCGGGCCCCGUCCUCUGCGGGGUAUCGUCCGUGGCGCAGUUCGUUGCCGGACGUCCGCCGCGACGACACCGAGGAGCUGCUGGAGGAGGCGGAGAUAUUUUUGAGACGAUCCAUCGACAACCUCAGACCUUCUUCGCCUGAUGUGUCGCGAGCGAGCGAGCCGCGCCCCCCGAGCGGCCGCCCCUACAUCCCCGCCGAGCCGCGCGAGCUGCGUCUGGGGCACGCCGUCAAGUUCAUCACCCCGCAGGGACGGGUCGCCGUCGGACGCGUCCGGUACGUGGGUAUAGCGGGCGGCGCGUCCUCCGUGACGGUGGGGGCGGAGCUCCAGUGCGCGGGGCCUCCGCACAACGACGGCACGGUGCGGGACCGCCGCUACUUCCUGGCGGCGCCGCGACACACCGCCGUCUUCGUGCCCUUCUCGAAGGUCGUCAUGGCCUGGGCCAACUAGAACUACUCGAGGCAUCAUCACAAGUUAUACAAAAACAUUCAUGGUUUGAUUAAUGCAUCUCUACGAAGCUUGAACUAUGAUGUUAAAUUCAACUAGACGUCGCAGUGAAUGAGGUACUCACUUUUGAUAAACUUGGAUCUAAAGGAGGAGAAACGUUUACGAAUGUUAAUAUGUGUUCUUUUUUGUUUUAACGAAAAUGCAGUAUUACUGGUAGUGACUAAUAUAUUUUAAAGAAAAACGAUCAGAUUGUCAGUUUUUGUUGUCAAGGAAUAAAUCAGCGCCGAAUUGCCUUUGCCAGACAAAAAACCACAAUUAUCUUAUAGAGCAUCUUCUUUUUUUAGUCUAACACUUUUCUCAUUGAUUGUACUCGGCUUGUGAUAUUUUGAGACGCUUAGCUGUAGUACGCGAAGGUACCUAAGUGGAUAUAAGUCAGGGGUUCCCAAACUUAUUUUGUCUUCUGCCCACUUUGUACACAAAAAAUAUUUUUUAGCGCCCCCUUUUUUUAAUCUACUUAAAAACUACUAUAGCUCAUUCGGUGUGUAAGAGUCCUCCUAGAUGAAGUCACAAAUCACCUCCAAAGCCUCUACACAACGCCCCUUUUUUUUUCUGGGUGUCUUACCGCCCUCCUUUACGCCUGCAGCGUCCACAAAGGGGCGUUAUCGCCCACUUUGGGAAAGGCUGAGGCUGAUAUAAAUGAAAAUGUUCGUAAACAUUGCUUUCUGUUGUUUAUGAAUCGUUGUUACUCUAUAUUGAGAAAAUUAGAGGUUAGCUAUUUGUAAUUCGUAAUCCAUUUGGUCUUGUCGAGAGAAGUUGUUCGUUUCUGAAUCUAAACAGGCUAAUUAUAUGCGUAGCUUAGUGUGUAUAAACGUAUGCCUAAAACGUGUAUGCUGUAGUUGUCUCUUUCCUUCAUAUUUAAACUAGAAUAUAAAGGUAACAGGGAUGGAGAAAGAUGGAUAUAUAUUUCAAAGGAACGUUCAGGUUAUUAGAGUUGGUAAUGUUCGAUUUCUAAUUUUCAUGUUAUUGUAAUCAGUCAAUAUGUAGUGUAACUUGUAGAAAUAUGGUAAAGAAAUGUAGAUAGAAUUAAUUAGAAAACAUAAUUAUAAUAUUUUUCGUUCGAUGAAUUGUUGAAAAAAAAUGGACGUUCUAACAAAAGUACGGAACAAAAUGAGUCAAAUUAUAUUAUUUAUAAAAAAAAAAACUCUAAAAUAGUGCUCGAAUAUUUAACGUUUUUUUUUCAAUAUAUAUACAAAAAUGUAAAGAAACACAAAUUGAACCAUUGCAAAUAUUUUUGCUUUUGAAUUCAAUAUCGGACAAUGCAUGUCAACUUUUACUGAAGGUAUGUGUACACAAUAUUUUUUAUGCUUUUAACACGGUGCUCUCGUAAUAUAUCUUAAUAUUUGCUAUUAAACAUACAAGAUUGUGAUUUAUUUAUAUUACCAUUCUGGUUAUUUUCGUUUGUUAAUUAAUUUUAUCAUGUUAAUAUACAAGCUUACUGUAAGUAAAUUAAUCUUAUUUUUAUACACUUCGCUUUUUGAUUAACUCGUUUAUAAAUUUAAGCUUUUGAUAAUAUUUAGAGUUGCUUAAGAAAUAAAUGUAUAGUCGAUUAGAAAUGUGUGUGAGUUAAAAAUAGUCUAAAAUCUUGAAUAAACUAUACAAUAAGCGCAAUAUAACAUAUUAUAGUAUGAUGCAGCCUUGUCGGAAUACUAACAGAGCGAUGUAAAUCAAACUAUAAAAAUCCAUCUAAGGAAUUUUCAGCCUAACAUUUUUCUCCUUGACGGUACUCGGCUAGUGAUGUUUCGAAACGCUAGUGCAUAUAAAUUUACUAAACCGAAGUCCAUAGACAUCAUAACGUAAAUUACAACGUAAAUUACAGUGAUCUUGUUCUGGCAUGCAAUAAAAGCAUUGUUGUCGUGUCUAUGGUAUUCGAUAAUCAUAUUAUAAAAAUCAUCACGUCGUAAAGAACUUCGAUGUUGCUAUCACAAAAAAUGUACACGUCUGUGUUGGCCUAAGUUCGCCAUCUUAUUUUCGUUAAAACUAAGUACAUAACAGGUCUGAUAAACCCCUUAUUCUCUAAUACCUUUCACAUUCUAAUUUUAUUACAUGAUCUCAUUGAAAUACUCUUAAUAUUCAUAUUUAAUUAAGCGAAAAAGGAAACUAGUGGACUAUUCAUUGGCAUAUUUUUUACUCAGAAGCAUAAUGUGUGUUUCGCCUAAAUCAGUUUCAGUAAUAUCGUUUAAAAGAACGGCAUUGUCAUGUCAGUAGUAAUGUUAUUCUUGGCAUCUUUGUGCCAAAUAUUCGGGGUAUUGAAUUAGUAAAACCAAUUUUCUAAAUUGAACUAGUACACUCCAGUUUCCGUCGGGUUGUACGGUAACAUUCGUUUUUAGCAGUGUUGCUAUGAUUACAAGAUCUAUAUAACAGCUUACUCUUUCCUGCUUGCACUAUGCUCUUUUCCUCUGUGUUUGAGCGGGACGUUUCAAUUACUUACAAUUACUUAUUCUUAAUGAAAGCGUAUGUAAGAUAUUAUAUUAAGCGAUUUGUAAACAGUACAUAUAGAAUUAUGUAUUUACUCGUAGAAGCUUAUAUAAUAACCAUUAUCUGUUCUUUUUUCGUCGAUGUAUGAAUAGGUGUGAAGACCUAGUGAUUAUUAGUGAUUGGAAAAACUAAUUGUAUUAAAAAAAAAAUCGAUGUAUUUCUAAAUUUGACGUUGUACGAACUUUCAGUAUUAAUGUCUCAAAGAAUAAUUAUCUAACAAAAAUAUAUAGUGAAAACAUUUUUCGAUUACAAUUUUUUUCCUUAAAUUUGUAUUGAUAACCCUUCAAAUAUAUUGUUGUUAAAUGUACGUUUGUAAUAAAAGUCAAUGAUGGUAUUUUAAGCAAGCAAAAGCGUCGUCGGCCUAAUGGGUAAGGCGCUGUACUUGUAUUGAGUAAUGCGAUUAUGACGUGUUUUGAUUGAUCCAACGGCUGGCGUUAAUUUUGCCAAAUAAACAAGGACUUAACAUGACGUUUUGAUGAACGACUGUCAGGAUGUAGAAGGAAUGGUCGGUCGGUCAAAAACAGGCAAAUUUAUUUUUGCAAAUGUUCUGGUGGGGCGUAUGAUGAGCCCGCACGGGAGGUACCGCCAUUCCGCCACGUUAUUUUCUAUGUCGAAUAACGAUAAUCGAUAUGAAAUUCUAAAACUACUUACGGAAAUAUAUGUAAUUUUAAAUCAUUGUAACUCCAGUAUUAUAAAUGUAUAGAUGUGUAAGAUUUCUUGAAUCGUGUAAGUUGUAUAAGUGGUGUCUUCUAGUCGAAAUAAAACUGUACUCUAUGCUGUUAUAUGAGAAAGAUAUCUAUUUUAAUUAUCAAUGUAUGAGAUUACAUGUUACAUGUAAUUGAAUAAAAACUGAAAAAAAAAUA